CCAAAGCCCAGUAAUAAUUUAUUUUAAUAAAAACAAAUUUGAUUAAUUGAUUAUUUAUUCAUUAAUAAUUUUAGGGUAUAAUUUGGGGCGUUACAGAUACUCUCUAAUGGAAUUUUCCUUGAUUACUGGACUCAAAUGUUCAGAACAAGAAUCCGGAUACGAAGAGAAGUAUGAUAAGGAUUCACUGCGUGUUUUCGUUGAAGAAAACUGGUCAAAGAGUAUGGUAUGUUACACUACUCUUGUCGAGAGGAUCUCGAAAUUGUGCCGGCUACUUGAGGAUGAAGGGAAGAAAGAGUAUGCACUCCAAUGGAUAGUGAAGGUGGCGACAUUGAUGUUUGUUGUCCUCGUUUUGAUUGGUCAUGCUAAGAAAGAUGCCCCAGUUCCAAAAUGGAUCCUUGCCACUGUUGCAAAGUCUGAUGAUUCCAUGUCUUUUUCAUGGGGGACAUGGGCAUUCCUGAAGUCCCUCCGUAUCCAAUCUUUGGGGAAGGACUUAGUUUCAGAAAAGAAGAAGCUUGUCAAAGGCGGGAAAACAUCCAACACCCUCCGCUACACUGGCUUUGUCCUCCCCUCAUCCAGUGUAAGGAGCAUUCUUCUUCCAAAGGGAAGUGAAAUACGUGCCCCUUGGAUCACCAGUCUGACCUCUUUGCCUUGUGUUUCCAAUCCAACUCUUGGAGAAUUCGUAAGGGGAAUCCAAGGUAGUUACAAGCAUAUACAAUUAUGCAUGAAAAAACAACUUCUGGCCCGAGCAAGUGAAGAUGAAGUUGCUGCAGGAAGGAAUUCAUCAUCAGAUGAAGUUCACUCUUCAAGUGAGGGGUCAGAAGUCCCCUCCAAAAAGUAUGUCUUUAGGAGGAGAAAAAUAUCAAGGCCGAGCACCCCACUUGGAAAAGCAGAGCACAGACCUCUGUUGGAAAAGCAGAGCCCUCUGUUGGAAAGAACAACCAAUAUCAAGGAUUCAUCUUUUAGUGGAAAUGCUAGUGAAAACUUGCCUGAUUCACUGAAAGAUUACAUUGAUGGUAAAUUUUCUGAGCUUCAAAAGACGCUAUGUCAGGAGGGAAGGAGUGACGAAGCAAAUGAAGAAGAUGGGAAGGAAGAAGAGCCGGUGGAAGUGAAUAUGGUCGACCCCUCUAGUUUUGAAGAGGUGGACCAUAAUGAAGAGGAGGAAAUAAAAGAUGGGAAGGAAGAAGAUGGGAAGGAAGAAGAUGAGCCCAUUGAAGUUAAUAUGGUCAACCCCUCCAAUUUUGAAGGAAUUCCUGAAGAGAAAGAGGAAGAAGAGGGUGACCAAUUUAACCUUAAUGAAGAGGAAGAAGUAAAGAAUGGGAGUCCACCGAUCCAGGAAGAAGAGGAGGAAAAGUUUACAGUUGAGGAAAAGUUUACAGUUGAUGUUGUUGAAUUCUGCAAAUCAACUGAAAACAAUGUUGAUGAGAACCUUGAGUUCGAUGGUGACGUCUUGAGAGAACUGACAGAUGUGGAUGAAGUCGCUGCUGCACGGUCGGCAAUUGCUGAUGGGAGAGAAGUUCAGUGUAUCAUGGAAAAGACGGGAGAGUCCCACGGGAUUGUUAAGAAGUGGUGGAGUUCCUUGAUCAAGGCUGGCGGCUGGUUGGAGACCUCGCAUAUGGAAGAAAUCAUGAUCUACUUCAUGAAAAUGUAUAACAAGAAAGAUAGCACAUACGUCGUCCUCCCAGAGAGCUUCCAAAUGUUAAGUGAGGUAAAUGCCACUACUGAUCUAUUUCCAAUCCUGGACUCCGGCGUCACAGAAAUAGUUCAUGGAAGGAUCUGUGCAUCGUGGGGAGCAAACACCGUGAGGAAAUACAUGUUACCAAUAUGGUAUUGGAAAUGCUGGAUAAAUCCCGACAUUAACUGGUACAAUUCUACGAUGGCCAUCCAACCGUCUCUCAAAAAGGUAGCAGAAGAUUUGCGGGAGAUCGUGACUCUCAUGAUAGUAGUUUUAGGCACAAACAACUGGGUGACCUACCCCAUUAAGUUUCCAGAUUAUGAUUCAGGUGAUGAUGAUGAUGAUAUUGAAGGUUCAUUUGUUCAUAAACUGGAGGCACGCAAUGUUAUCCCCAAGGAGUCAUAUUUGGAGUUGCCAAGGUCUUUUUGCGCCGACAACGGAAUUACUGAGGGCAAAAUGAACAUUCAGAUUUAUGGCCUGGCAGUGUAUCCCAAUGAAGUCACCCUCUUCGUUAAGGAGAGUGGUUGCAGGCUCGACAAAGGAUGGCAUAAUUUUGUGGAUGAAAACGGGUUAAGGCUUGGGGAUAAGGUUGUACUUACCUUCAUUGCAGAAAAAACAAUCAUUGUUUAUGCUUUUCGCCAUCCGAUUCAUGCCAACCUCACCCUAAUGGAAGUAGAAGUCAAGAUUCGGUUACCGGACUCCGCUUCUCACCAGCGUCUCUCGGCCAUUCUCUCGCCCUACCAUCUCAAAACCCAUGCCCAGGAAAACUUCUUCUUCGACGGCGCCGGAGCUGAGCUCUCCUCCAACCUCGCCGUGCUUCGGAUCCGCUUCUACGACCUCGACUCCAAAUGCCUCAUCUCCCUCAAGGCCAAACCCUCUCUCUCCGACGGAAUCAGCCGCGUGGAGGAGGACGAGGAGCAACUCGACACCACCAUCGCUCGCGCCUGCACCGCCGAGCCAUGGCGGCUGCUAUUACUCGACGAUUGCAGGAUCAUACAGAGAGUGAAAUCGGAGUAUGCGAUCGGGGAAGAGGGCUUCGUCCUCUUGGGCGGAUUCCGUAAUCUGAGAGGCGUGUAUGAAUGGAGGGGAUUCAAAUUGGAGCUCGACGAGACGCAUUUCGAUUUCGGGAGAUGUUUUGAGAUUGAAUGCGAGAGUUCGGAGCCGGAAAUGGCCAAGAAUCUGAUUGAAGAGCUGUUGAUCAGCAAUGGAAUUCCCUACACUUACUCCAAAGUCUCGAAAUUUGCAAUUUUCCGGUCCGGAAAACUGCCUCUCAGUUGAAAAUUAGGUCUUCUAUCAGUAUGAAUCAGUUCUGAUCUGGUUUGCCCUUCCACCGCCUUUGUUCUCGUUCUCUGGUCAAUCAUUAUUCUGCAUUUUUUUUCAAUCUCUUCUGUUUUUUGUUGUUUCUCUGGCAUGAAGGUUAUAAAUCACACUUAUGAUU